ACAACAUGUUUGAAUUUUCAUCCAUGCAUGGGUUACGACGUGGCGGCUCCUCACACACUACCAAACGUUACCUAGUACGAAUGGCGAUGAACUUGAAGCUUCCGCCGCAGCGGACUCAUUUGUAUCAGUCACUGGGCAAUUGCCACGCAACUCAUCACGGCUGUUUUCUCAAAUCUGUUUAUCGGAGACUGGGUCUCGGCUCCAUGUGUUGUGCGAACUUCGUCGGUGGAAGAGGCUAAAAUCGAGCGGACCCCUGAGAAUGUAUAAAAAGUUCUCAUCCGAACGAAUAGUAAUCGCCUCCUCUUAUCCCUAAACAUGCAGCGUCAUGUACUCCUGAGCGCACUUAUAUCAUCUUUCAUCAUUCUUGCUGCAGCGUCACCUAUGCCUGGAGCCAUCUCGAAACGUUCUUUUGAGCGACGGGAACUUGACACGAACUUUCAACGUGAUCUCUUAGAAGAGGACAAGAAGCGCGAGGAGCUGAAGACUGACUUCAUAAUAUAUGCUUGGUAUGACGGCCCAGGCACUGGAGACAAGAAGCGCAAGGAACUCGGGUCGGGUAUUGAGUACGACGGGCACGACUAGGAUAAUGAGCAGCGUAGCAAAAAGAACCAGAACAAAAAGAAAGACAGUCGUUUUGGAGUUGAUGAUAUCAGAGGCUCAAUAGAGAAUAAAGCGGGAGGGAAAGGGGGAAGGGACAGUGCAGGAGUGUUCUACCCCGGAUUGGUUGA